AUGGCAGGUAGACGGCUUGUCGAUGCCGCCAAGCUAUUCAAUGCCUCCAAAUCUGUCGCACAGAAGCACGUCGCGCUUCGCUCUAAUCAGUGGGACGCUUACAACAAAACCUCGUCGCUAGCCAAAGCCGUCAAGAACCAAACGGACCGCGUCACCCUCACGGCAGCCGCUGCCAUCGCCCUCUCACAACGCUUCAGCGAAGAAGCUCCCUCGUACGCAAAAGCCGCAGCCGAGCGGGCGACGAACACACAAUGGACACAGCAGGCGGAUAUACCUAGGAGAGACACUGUGAAGAGGGACACACCAGUGGAGGAUGUUAGGGAGGGUGUAGAGCAGGAUCAUCACUACGAUCGAUCUGGUCAAAAUAGCGCUCAGGCACCUCCGCCCACAGAAGAAUUGGAGGUCGAGCAGAAGAAGGCCCCCAGAUCCCCGCUACCAGACGGCACCAUACCAAGCCAAGGGUUGACACUCGAACAAGAGGAAAAGGGAAAAGAUGCGUUUUCGGAGAGGCCAGUGCAUGAGGCGCCGAAGGAACCUCUGGCGGAGGACCAGGGUGAACAAGUCCGUCACAAGGACGAGGGCAUCAAACCGGUAGAGUCUACAGAGACCACAAUACCGCUCCCCGGAAACCCCAGGGGCGCCUCUACACAAACCGCUGAAACGAUCCCCGCACACGCGAACGACCCUCAACAGACGCCAAUAUCUCCACAGGCAGAGAAGCUGCAGAAGGGUCAUGACAGAGACGUCUUCUAUACGCGAUCGGUCGAAUCGCAACCAACAACCUCAUCGCAACCUCAAUCACAGAUACCUCGGAAUUCUGGAACAAAACAGCAAAGCGACGAACACGUGUCGGAUAAGCAAAUGAAUCAGGAUGUGUUCUACAAUGUACCCAAGCCGGCGCAGGGGCAGGUGGACGAAGACCUACCAGAGGGUAUCAACACCGAUGUCUUCCAUUCGAGAAAAGUUGCUAGGAUGCUAGGAAGCGAUCCUUUCUCGAGAAAGGAAUAUGCAGAGCGGAAGACCAGUGGUAGACAUCCGUUGGAUGACAGACCCGUAGCAAAGACCACCGGCAGGCAUCCACUCGACGAUAGACCGUUGCCCUCGGUACAGCAACAAAGUCCACCUUCGACGCAGCCGAAGUCGGUUCGGCAACCUCUAUCCGCGACUACUCCAAAGGAAAUGGAAGACCUGGCAUCCCAACUUGCUCAGGACGUGCAGUCAAAUGCGGCUGCUUCUGAAGUAGCGACUCAGCCAGAGAAGUCAUCAUACGCGCUGCGAGAGUCGAGAGUCCCUUCGUCACGGUUCGGUCGCAUAUGGCAGUACGCUGGUUUAGGCACAAGCAUGGCACUCGGAGCUGUCGGUGAGGGUCUUCGACGAGCGACCGGCAGUGCUGCGUCAACUGGUGGCUCGCUGAUGCUGAGCCCUGGGAACAUGGAAAUACUGGUCGCAAAGCUCUCCCGCAUGCGAGGUGCCGCUCUCAAGCUUGGACAAAUGAUCAGUUUCCAAGACAUCAAGAUGUUGCCACCGGCAAUUCAUGAUGUCUUGCAACGGGUGCAGGAUAGCGCAGACUACAUGCCGGCCUCACAACGGAACAAAGUCUUGAGCAGCAACCUUGGGGACGACUGGCGCGAUCUUUUCGAAUCGUUCGAAGAUGUACCCAUUGCGGCGGCAUCGAUUGGACAGGUACACAAAGCAGUACUCAAGUCUAAUGGCCAGGCAGUAGCUGUGAAGGUCCAAUAUCCUGGCGUUGCCAACUCCAUCGACUCCGACCUUAGCAACCUUUCCAUCCUCCUAACCGCAUCACGUCUCCUGCCAAAGGGUCUGUACCUAGACAAGACCAUCGCCAACGCCCGAACAGAACUGGGUUGGGAAUGCGAUUAUACGCGCGAAGCCGAAUGCCAAACUCGGUUCCGCAACCUCCUUCAAGACGACACUGAUGUCUUCACCGUCCCUAAAGUCUUCCCCGAAGCCUGUGGCCCCACUGUCCUGACCGCAGAGCUCAUGCACGGUGUCGGCGUCACCAAACUCAAGACUCUAACCCAAGAACAACGCGACUGGAUCGGUACGCAGAUUCUCCGUCUCUGCCUCCGCGAGAUCGUAGAGUUCAAGUUCAUGCAAACCGACCCCAACUGGACAAACUUCCUCUACAACGCCUCCGCCCAGAAGAUCGAGUUGCUGGAUUUCGGCGCUUCCCGAGACUACCCCGACAAGUUCGUCGAGCCCUACAUCAAAAUCCUCAUCGCAGCCUCCAAAGGCGACCGCUCCUCACUGCGCGACCUCUCCAUCGAACUCGGCUACCUCACCGGCAACGAGAGCCCCGCCAUGCUCGAUGCGCAUAUCCAGAGUGUGCUAACGCUUGCCGAACCGUUCAGCGGUAGUGGGCCCGAGAAAUAUGAUUUCAGAGACCAAACGAUUACAGAUAGAGUGCGGGGCUUGAUCCCCGUUAUGGUCAAAGAGAGGCUAGCGCCACCGCCGGAAGAAACGUAUUCGCUUCAUCGGAAACUUUCGGGCGCGUUCUUGCUAUGUGCGAGAUUGGGCUCGAGGGUUCCGUGUAAGGAGCUGUUUAGUAAGGCAGUGGGGACGUGGGAGGGGAAGGCUUCGUUGAAGUAG